AUGCAGCGACCACAGCUGGCGCCGCUAGUCAGAUUCGCAUCCAAGACGAAACCUACCUCGAAGCCGUUGAGAGGCCAGACCUUUUUCUCCUCGUUGGCUGCACCAAGAGCUCCUCCGCCGCGGUAUCGCCGCUUUGGUGACCCACGGGAGCCUCCGCCUCCACCACGGGCUGCAUCGGAACAGGCUUCCGCUACAUCCACCGCUUCUCCAUUCCGGAUACCGAGCAUACCUGGUUUACCUGGCUUAGGCGGUGCCGGCGGACGAUCAGGCCAGUCGGCCAAGUCGCGCGGUCCAGCGCUCGGUCCAGGCCUCUUGUCCCGAUUCCGUCGACCACCGGCGAUCGUCGCCCUCGGCUUGGGAGGUGGGACAAUUUACUAUGUCGCCAACCUCGAACGUGUCGAGAGGACGGGUCGAUUGCGUUUCAUCGACGUCACGCCCGAGCAAGAGGUCGAGAUGGGCCAGCAGUCGUACAACGAGAUCAUGAGGCAGUACAGGCGCCAGAUCGUGCCCGACUCGGAUCCGACGGCCCGAUUCGUACAGGGCGUCGUCAAGAGGAUCGUCGAGGCCAAUGAGCUGCACGCCCAUACUGGGGGAGGUCACAUUUCGGCAAAAGAAUGGGAGACGCAUGUCAUUCGGGAUGAACAAAGGAACGCAUUCGUCCUCCCCGGAGGAAAGAUUUUCGUCUUUUCAGGUCAGCUUCGGCGUGGCGUUGCUCGCUGCUGACAUCAUGAAGCUGACGUCUUGAAUUCGUUCCAGGCAUUCUGCCCAUUGCGAGAGACGCCGAUGGUCUAGCAGUCAUCUUGGGCCAUGGUGGGAGCACUUCCGCCGAGUAUCUGUACGAUGUCGUCUGCUUGUUCUGACGAGCCUUUCCCGGAAUCGACUGCAGAAAUCGCACAUCAAGUCGCUCGACAUUCCGCUGAGCGCAUGUCCUCUCUCAAAGUAGGUAUUGUCGUGAUUGUGAUCUUCAGCACGAGGUCUGAUCAGACGGCAUCCCCCAUAGGUCCUAUUUGGUCUGUCGAUCCUGCUCGAAUCGCUCGGCAUCGACCCUGGCAUUUCGCGCGUCGGUCUCAACCUCCUCAUGACGCUCCCCAACUCGCGCAAGAACGAAGUCGAAGCCGACUUUAUCGGCCUCCAACUCGCCGCUGCGGCAUGCUACGACCCUCGUGCGGCAGAGGGGCUGUGGCAGAGGAUGGAAGCUGCUGAGGGGGGUGCCUCGUCCGAUGGGUCGGGCAAGAAGAAAGGCAUCAAUAUGGAUUUCUUGAGUACGCACCCGAGUAGUCAUCGACGGGUCGAGAAGGUGCGCGAAUGGGCCAAGGACGCGCUCGAGCUGAGGCCCGAUCGAUGUGGGCCGCUGAAGGAGUAUUCGGUCGGGUUUAGACAGGCGUCGGGGGCGAGGUGA